AUGGUUGCUUCAAACAAGCAAUUAUCUCAACCAAUGACAGCUAUGCAACGACAAUUCCAGGCAGCCAAGAUAUCUAAUGUGGAUAGUAUCCAUUGUGGAACAUGCGGUGGUCCUCGUGCCAGUGAAGAUUGCGGAGCAGAUUUUGACGAGGAAGUCAAGGUUUUGGGCAAUUCUCAAAAUAAUCCUUAUUCCAACACCUACAAUCCAGGGUGGAGGAAUCAACCUAACUUUUCCUGGAGGGAACAGAACAACUCCAAUCAAGGAGGAAAUAAUCAGAGGCAAUAUUCAAAUCAGAGGUUUCAGUCUCAGAAUUUAGGACCUCAACAAACUCAUGAUCAAGGCAGUGGCAGUGGGAAGAAAAGCUUAGAAGAGCUGAUGGGGAAUUUUAUCAACAGAUCAGAGACCAGUUUCAAAAAUCAUGAAGCUGCUAUAAAAAAUUUGGAGACUCAGAUGAGACAGAUGGCUAAGAAAAUGUCAGAAAGGCCCCCAGAGCUCCCAUUCUCUGAAGUUUUGGAAAAGAUGCCUCAAUAUGCUAAAUUGAUGAAGGAGAUACCCUCGAAGAAAAGGAGGUUGAGUGAAGAGAAUGAUACCAUUGAGCUGACUGAGUGUAGCGCUAUUCUACAAAGAAAGCUUCCACCCAAACGAAAGGAUCUAGGUAGUUUCACUCUACCUGUUAAUUUUGGGGCUUCAAAGGAAGUGAGAGCCUUAUGUGAUUUGGGGUCAAGCGUCAACUUAAUGCCCCUAUCAAUGUUUGAGCGACUUAAUGUUGGAGAACUGAAGCCGACAAUGAUGAUGCUUCAAUUAGCGGAUCGCUCCAUAGUGACUCCAUGGGGAGUUGUUGGAGAUGUGCUAGACUCUAAAAUACCAUUGAUUUUGGGAAGGCCGUUCCUAGCCACUUCACAAGCAAAAAUAAAUGUGGGAAAAGGAACAAUAUCUUUAAGGGUAGCUGAUGAGAAAAUCACUUUCAUCAUCUUUGACCUGAAGCCAAAACCAGUUGAGAAUAAUGAUAUAUUCUUGGUGAAGAUGAUGGAAGAGUGGAGUGAUGAAAAGCUGAAGCAGUUCUUCCUUAAAGAAAAAGCUGGAGCAACAAAUAAGAAGAAAAAGGAAGACGCGCAGAACGACCAAACUAAGGAAGUCUACUCAAUGAGCAUGGUUGUCAACUCUGAGCAGAAGGAGGAGAUCGACUCAAAGCAAAAGGAGGAGAAGGUAAAAGGUGGGUGCUUCCAAUGGAAGCCAAAGCGUAAGAAAGAAGAAAAAUCUUCUAUCCCUCUUAACUCUAAACUUAAUGAUUGUAUUUUAGCUGUUGAGGUUGCAUGCAAAAAUCUAACUAAGGUGUUUGCUCAAUUGAAAGAUCCCGAAAGUGCAAUGCACUUUGGGAUAAACCCUGGAUGA